AUGAACAUGCAGUACGUCCAGGACACACUCGCCCCCCAAACUGCAGCAUCAAGAUCAUUGCCGAUGGGUGCGUCGAUCUGGUUGCUGUUGAAAGUUGCGAGUUUCCAUCCCAGAGCCAGCUCGAACCAACCCCCCCCCCCCUUGUCGGACGACCUCGGUGAUUGUAAUAAAAGUCUCUUUGACAAUCACUCCGGUCUUGGUUCCUCCCAAGUCACGGCCGACGACAUUCCAGCUAGCCUCCUGGAGUUCAACGAUCUGGUCUUCGGCGAUCAAGCGAGCUUCGAGGCAGACCCCGGGAUUCCGACGCAGGGCUUGACGAACUCCCUUCGGUUCUUGAGUUCAGCACCGCUGGCAAAGGGACUAGGCAAGGGUCGGCGGCUCCGCCAAAGCAGGAGCACGUGUCUUCGUAUCAUAACGAUCUUAUGUGUCCCACCUCUGGAGAGUACCACAUCGAGCCUACUCUGCAACAAUCGAACUGAACCGAACGAUGUCCCCAUGACUGGGCAGAGCGACCACGUAAACUGUUUAAUGAUCAAAGCCCCUAUGCGUCCGACCAGCCAAUUGCGUCCCGCCCCGAAGGCGUCUCGCAAGAGAACGAAGAGGAGCAGCCGAUCCAAGGAACUCUACUGCAAGCUAUGUGGAUCCUCCUUCUUUGCAACACGUACAAUCUACAAGAUUCACCUUCGCAGCGCGGAACACACAGAAAGGAUCAGCGAGCUUGGUCUGGCAGCCACCGAAGACCAUGGCCAUUUAUCGGUGAAGCAGAUUCCAAAUACCACGGAGCACUCUCAAGAGGAAGUGCGAUAUGCAAGCCCGUCUAUGCAUCUGAGCGACAUUUUGAGCCCUGGAUGCGAUUUGCGCCUUCAUGAAUGCCGCAUACACAUAUUGGGAUUCAUGACCGUCGACUGGGAUCAGACUACCAACCAAUGGACCGGAAAAGCGGCAGAUAACCGGCCGUAUCUCGAGAGCAAGGCUUAUAACGAGCGGGGUGGCACGGGAGAAGACCUUCGCGAAUAUGGUGUCGAUCCGGCACUUGCUAAAGAGCAGGUGAAGGUCCUUUUUGAGCCUGGCUGUGAGGACACGGAUGCCUUUGUACAAACGCUGGUACUGGAGACGGAUUGCGGGCUGGUGAGCUUUGUAUACUGUGAUGAUUCGAAUACUUGGAGCCUCUCCCGGAAUGUUUGCAAGCUUAAGGUUUCCUGGCAAGAAGUUGCACAGGUCAUGUUUAUGGCAGUUUCAUGA